AUGAGUAGUAAGAAUAAUACCAUUGGUUCCAAAAAACAAGUUACAUUAGCAAGGUUUUUUACCUCUAUGAAGCAAAAAAAUGAUCCGGAAACAGAUAAUAUAACGAAAAAUAUCAGUGCUGAAAACACCAUAACAGGAGAUCAUAGCGGCAUCUCUCCUACAGCUACUAAAAAAAUAUCUAAUGAGGACAACUUGUCAUCUUCUCCGUUAUCUAAAGUUACUGUUCCCGUUCCACCUAGCAAAAAAUUACAUAAAAAUGACACUUCACCCAUUAUAUUAUAUUCAGACUUGUGUGACCUAUAUCAAGAUAUAGAAUCGACAUCUUCAAGGUUAUCAAUUACUUCCAAAUUGACUGAUUUUUUCAAUAGAGUUUUGGAAAUAGAUUCAAAUCAAUUAAAAAUUGUAACUUAUUUAUGUAUUAAUAGAUUAGGUCCGGAUUACGUAUCAAAUUUAGAAUUGGGGCUAGGGGAAGGUUUGUUGAUCAAGGCAAUUGCAGAAUCUACCGGGAAAAAAUCGGCUAAGAUUAGAUCUAGUUACAAAGAUCACGGUGAUUUAGGAAUGGUUGCAUCUAAAGCCAGGUCCAAUCAACCGACCAUGUUCAAGCCAAAACCAAUGAGUUGCAAAGAAGUUUUUGAAACUUUGACUAAAAUUGCGACGACAACUGGAACUAAUUCUCAAACAAAGAAAAUCGGGCUGAUUAAAAAAAUGUUGACUAAUUGUAGCGGGAACGAGGCCAAAUUUUUGAUUAGAUCUUUAGAAAGUAAAUUAAGGAUUGGAUUAGCAGAAAAGACAGUUUUAAUUUCCUUGGCACAAUCUCUACUAAAAAGGGAGCUUGACAAUAACAAUAAAAGCGAUAGCAAUAAUACUUCAAUUACUGUCGAAGAGGCAACAGAUUUAAUUAGAGAAAGUUUUUGCCAAGUGCCUAAUUACGAAAUUAUUAUCGACACUUGUUUAGAAUAUGGAAUCUCUAAUCUAAGCAAAUUUAUCAAAAUUACUCCUGGUAUUCCAUUAAAACCCAUGUUGGCUAAACCAACUAAAAGUGUUAGUGAAGUGUUGGAUAGGUUUCAAGGAGAAACUUUUACUUGCGAAUAUAAAUAUGAUGGAGAAAGAGCACAAGUUCAUUUAUUAGCAGAUGGUAGUUUUAGAGUAUAUUCCAGAAAUUCAGAAAAUAUGACCGAAAGAUACCCUGAAAUAGAUCUAAAGAAAUACAUAAGAGACCAAGAUUCCAUGAUUACACUAAUAUUGGAUGGCGAAGCUGUUGCUUAUGACGUGGAGCAAAUGAAAAUUUUACCGUUCCAGAUAUUGAGCACUAGAAAAAGAAAAGAUGUUGAUGCCUUAAAAGUUAAAGUUAGAGUCUGUUUGUUUAUAUUUGAUUGCUUAUUAUAUAAUGAUGAAGUUUUAAUUAACAAAACUUUAAAAGAGAGACGAGAAGUGUUACACAAAGUGCUGAAACCAGUGCCGGGAGAAUUGCAAUUUGCCAAUCAAAUAAUUACAACGGAUAUUGACGAAAUGCAAAACUAUUUGGAUCAGUCAGUGCAAAAUUCUUGUGAGGGUCUAAUGGUCAAAGUUUUGGAUGGCAAAGAGUCUCAUUAUGAACCAAGCAAAAGAUCAAGGAAUUGGUUAAAAUUGAAAAAGGAUUAUUUAGCAGGCGUUGGUGACUCGCUUGAUUUAUGUGUGAUGGGCGCGUAUCAUGGUAGAGGAAAAAGGACAGGCGGGUACGGUGGAUUUUUGUUGGGGUGUUAUAAUGAUGACACUGGUGAAUAUGAAACUUGUUGCAAAAUCGGUACUGGAUUUUCAGAUGAAAUGUUAAGCAAAUUGUAUGAAACUUUGCAUCCAACCGAAAUUGAACAACCCAAAUCCUUUUACGUUUUCGAUAACAGCGCUGUUCCUGACGUUUGGUUUGAUCCGACUAUGUUAUUUGAAGUUUUAACUGCUGAUUUGUCGUUAUCACCUAUUUAUAAAGCUGGUAUAAACACUUUGGGUAAGGGUAUCUCCUUAAGAUUUCCUAGAUUUCUUAAAAUCAGGACUGAUAAAAAUAUAGAGGAUGCUACUACUUCUAACCAAGUUAUCGAUUUUUAUCAGUCACAAAAUCACAUACAAUAA